CAGGGUCCUUUUUCUUCUUCUUCAGGCAGGGAGUGUUUCUGGAAGGUUCGUUGCUGGGAGACUGAAAUCUUGCAGAUCUGAGGGAGCACAGAAUCUGUAUCCAUCCGACACCAGGCAUCGACAUCAGGGUCCGGAGGCAUAGCCAUCUCUUUCUAUCUGUUUUAAGCAUAACUAGUAAAAAACUAUAUCAUGUCCGCAGUCGCCGCUCCCCGAGGUUCUUCUGGUGGUAUGAACAAAGGAGGUGCAUAUGUGGACCGGGAUAAACCGGCCCAGAUUCGGUUCAGUAACAUCUCUGCCGCCAAAGCUGUUGCAGAUGCCAUCAGAACAAGUCUUGGCCCCAAGGGCAUGGAUAAAAUGAUUCAGGAUGGAAAGGGAGAUGUGACGAUUACCAAUGAUGGGGCGACCAUUCUGAAACAGAUGCAGGUUCUUCACCCUGCUGCUAAAAUGUUGGUAGAGCUAUCCAAAGCUCAAGACAUUGAAGCUGGUGAUGGGACCACAUCUGUUGUAGUCAUUGCUGGGGCCUUGUUGGAUUCCUGUGCUAAACUGCUUCAGAAAGGAAUCCACCCUACCAUAAUUUCAGAAUCUUUCCAGAAAGCCUUGGAUAAAGGAGUUGAGGUUCUGACAGCUAUGGCCCAGCCUGUGGAACUAAGCGACAGAGAAUCCCUCUUGAACAGUGCCACAACUUCACUGAGCUCCAAGGUUGUUUCCCAGUACUCCAGCCUGCUUGCUCCAAUGAGUGUUGACGCGGUGAUGAAUGUCAUUGACCCGGCCACAGCCACAAGUGUUGACCUCAGGGACAUUAAAAUUGUAAAAAAAUUGGGUGGGACCAUUGAUGACUGUGAAAUGGUUGACGGACUUGUACUGACACAGAAAGUGGCAAACUCUGGAAUUUCUCGGGUAGAAAAAGCAAAGAUUGGUCUGAUUCAGUUUUGUUUAUCUGCUCCAAAGACAGAUAUGGAUAACCAGAUUGUGGUUUCUGACUAUGCUCAAAUGGACAGAGUAUUGCGUGAGGAAAGAGCAUACAUCUUGAACCUAAUCAAGCAAAUUAAGAAGGCUGGAUGCAAUGUUUUGCUUAUACAAAAAUCCAUUCUGAGGGAUGCACUGAGUGAUCUGGCACUGCACUUCCUAAAUAAGAUGAAGAUAAUGGUUAUCAAGGAUAUAGAGAGAGAAGAUAUUGAAUUUAUAUGUAAGACUAUUGGAACCAAACCAGUUGCCCACAUUGACCAGUUUACAGCAGACAUGCUGGGAUCUGCAGAGCUGGCAGAAGAAGUAAGCUUGGAUGGAUCUGGAAAACUAGUCAAGAUUACUAGCUGUGCUAACCCAGGAAAAACAGUCAGUAUUGUAGUGCGAGGAUCCAACAAACUGGUCAUUGACGAAGCAGAACGCUCCAUCCAUGAUGCCCUCUGUGUAAUCCGCUGCCUGGUGAAGAAGAGGGCUCUGAUUGCUGGAGGUGGUGCUCCUGAGAUUGAGCUUGCUCUGCGCUUGGCUGAAUACGCACGCACUCUGAGUGGCAUGGAGGCUUACUGCGUCCGUGCUUUUGCAGAUGCACUUGAGGUCAUCCCUUCCACACUAGCAGAGAAUGCAGGUCUCAACCCGAUCUCUACUGUCACAGAGCUGAGAAACAGACAUGCCCAGGGAGAGAAGACAGCUGGCAUUAAUGUCAGGAAGGGCGGUAUUUCCAACAUCUUGGAGGAGCUGGUGGUGCAGCCUCUGCUGGUGUCUAUCAGUGCCCUGACUCUGGCUACAGAAACUGUCCGCAGUAUUCUCAAGAUUGAUGAUGUGGUAAACACUCGGUAAAAUACAGGCAUGCAUAUAAAAUUGAGAAGCAUCUGUGAAUAUGCUGGCCCAUCCAGGGCUACAGAUCGGAAGAACAUUUGAAGAAAAUGUCAAGCCUUCAACCCUCUUCACUUACAGUUUAUGUACCUGUUUUCAUGGCAUAAGUUAAUAAAUAGUUUGAGACUGAAA